CUCUCCUCGGAGAUGCAGGCUGCGACAGAGAGCCGGCUUUACAGGAGCUGCAACAAACAGAAAACCUGUGCCAGGCAUUGGAGCGGGAGCUUGUUUUGCGCUUAUAAUUUUAAGUCAUGCUUCUGUCUAAUGACUGAGUUAUAAAGGCCGCCUGGUUGGGUGUGAGCUCUGAAACGUGCGCAAGCCCACAAUAUAAGGGGACGCACUUAACUCAGAGCAAUUUAUUUUCCAGCUGACGUGGGAGCGAGAGAGCGCAGGCUGAACUGCUUGGUUGGGCAUCUCUCUGUGUGCCGGGGAGGAGAGCAGAGAAGCGGCGUUAACCUGAAGGGAUUUUAAGGCAUCCACGUUAUUAUUUUUUUUCCAUCAGGACUCAGAGACUCCGGUUGGCUCCUCGGUGGACAGACUACACACUCAGAGCGAUGACUGUACUGAAUUAUCCACCGGCUCUCUGUCAUUUCUCCGGCGAAGCCAUCAGCCCCGCCACCCGCCCUUAAAAUAAAGCUGCUGUGAAACAAGUCAGCACCAUCACCGUUGCCUAACAGCUGGGAUUUACACUUUACCAUGUCUUGAGACGCGGCGGGGAAGCUACAAAGAUGAUGACAGAUUACCGGGAGGAUGGCAUGGACCUGGGGAGUGAUGCAUCCAGUCGCUCCAGCUCAGAGUCCAACUCCAACAAGGUUACACCUUGCUCCCCUUCUCUUGACCUGGCUACUUUGGAGGACUACAAAUCCUCCCCCUCUUUGGACCUGGUCACUUUAGAGGACUAUGAGGAGGACGAGGACUACCAAGAGUAUAAGAAAAAGGUGAUAGAGGAGUGGGAGAGCGAGUAUGGAGAGGACUACACCUCUCCACAGCCUCCUGGUCAGGAGGAAGGCAGAGGAGGCGUCAUGGGGGUUGACAGGGUUGGCGGAGGCCACAGGAAGACAGUGAACAGCCGCAGCCUCGCAGAAGAAUUACAGGAUGUGAAGGCCGUCCCACCCCUCCCGGCCCCCAGCGGACGCACUGCCACUUCAGCCGCAGCUGUCCCUGAGGAACUGAAACAGAAUGGCAAUCUGAUUUUGCCCAGGAGCAACCAGCUCCACUCCCCCGGUACACCACAGGGGGGCACAGGGACUCCCAAGCCCAGACACCGCAGCUCCAGUCAAGGCAGGGGGAGCCGCAGCAGUGGCGGAGGUGGCAGUGGAGGAGGCAGUGGAGGGACUGGGGGACGGAUGGGGGGAUACAGAGAGGAGGAGGGUGUAGAGGAGGAGCCUCUGCCCACCAUGGACUGGGCAGCCCUGGAGAGGCACCUGGCGGGGCUGCAGUGCCGAGAGCAGGAGAACCAGAACCUCAACCACAACCAGAACCACAACAUGGGCAAGACCAACUACACCUCAGCCCAAAAGAAUGAGAGGGAGUCUAUCAGGCAGAAGUUGGCCCUGGGCAGUUUCUUCGAUGAUGGGCCGGGCAUCUACACCAGCUGCAGCAAGAGCGGCAAACCCAGUCUGUCCUCACGGCUGCAGAGCGGGAUGAACUUACAGAUCUGUUUUGUCAACGACAGCGGCAGCGACAAGGACAGCGAUGCAGACGACAGCAAGACAGAGACCAGUCUGGACACACCUCUGUCACCCAUGUCCAAGCAGAGUUCAUCCUACUCAGACCGGGACACCACGGAGGACGACUCGGAGUCUCUGGAGGACAUGGACUUCCUGAGUCGACAGAAGAAACUGCAGGCGGAGGCGAAGCUAGCGCUGGCUAUGGCCAAGCCCAUGGCUAAGAUGCAGGUGGAGGUGGAGAAACAGAAUCGCAAGAAAUCACCAGUGGCCGACCUGCUCCCACACAUGCCCCACAUCAGUGAGUGUCUAAUGAAGAGAAGCCUGAAGCCCACCGACUUGAGAGACAUGACACUGGGACAGCUCCAGGUUAUAGUCAAUGAUCUGCACUCCCAGAUUGAAAGUCUGAAUGAGGAGUUAGUACAGUUGCUAGUGGUCCGAGAUGAGCUACACAUGGAGCAAGAUGCCAUGCUGGUUGACAUAGAGGACCUCACCAGGCAUGCUGAGAGCCAGCAGAAACAUUUGGCUGAGCGGACCCUAUCCAAAUAAGAUGCCCGUCCCCACUCCACCCCGUUCCCCUCUGCCAAAAACCGAGCUGAAACCCGCUCCAAACCAGACUUUUCCCCCCUCCCGGCCAUUCCACCUCUCCCCCCCGUGUCGAUCCAAAUCCUGCCCGCUUGUCCCAAGUAUUUUGCUCCUCGCUGCUUUCCCGUUCCCCCAUGUCUACCUUCCUGUCUGACCCACUGAUUCCAGUGGUAGCAGCGGCACAGAAAACGGCCACCCUCUUUUAUUUGCUUCUGUGGUUUUAUCCCAGCGCCAAGUGCAGAGGAGCACCUCCUACUUCCUGGGAGAAGAGGAAACUGAUUGUGUGUUGUUAUGGAUUCUGUCCCCCAGCUUACUGUGCAGUGAUCGGCUUUGCUACUGUUUCUUUUUAACUUUCUACAUUCGCCACUAAAUUAUAACUGCAAAAAAAUGCAAAAAUUGUGAUAAAAAAUAAAAUAAUAGUGAAAACUUUAGUAGAAAGUCAGUCAUGAGAAAAAAGAAACAACAUUGUAUAAAAAAAAAACGAUGGAAAACUAACUUCUUCAGACCAUUUUAAGUUGGACAGUAAAGUAUUUCAAAGUCGACCUGUUUUUAUUCUGCACAAAUGGUAGUUUUCAACUGAGAAAUGUUUAUUUGAAGGUGCUAAAAGAGUGUAAAGGAAACAUGCCUGCCUUGUAGUGGAGUCGUAGCUUUUGGUAAUACGUUCACUCUAAUUGCUCUUCAACAUUUUGUGAAUGUUGAUUUUCUGACACGAGUCAUUUUAAAUGAAUAAGUGUGUUAAUAUCGUUUUCAUCCUAUUGUAUUCAGAAACUUUAUUUGAGGGAAGAAAUGUUUAUGUACAGAUAUGUAAAAUAAAGAAUAAACUUUGUUUCAUAA